AUGGUAUUCUGGAACUACAUCUGGACGGUCCGAACUGACCCGGGCACUGUCCCUAAGGGCUGGAAACCAGACCUCCGAUCAACAGAAGGAUACGAAGUCAAGAAGCUUACUGGCGCACCACGGUAUUGCCGCACCUGUGAGCGGUACAAACCCCCUCGAUCCCACCACUGUCGACAAUGCAAAAAAUGCGUCCUUCGGAUGGACCACCAUUGUCCUUGGGUGAACAACUGUGUUGGGCACUUUAACUAUGGCCAUUUCAUUCGAUUUCUCUUCUACGUCGACGUGGCAUGUAGUUACCACUUUGCAAUGAUUUCCAUGCGCGCAUGGUAUGCGAUGAACGCCUCGGGAUUUUGGCAAGGGCCAUCGACGAGCGAAUUGGUCUUUAUGAUUCUCAACUACGCUGCCUGCACUCCAGUUCUCUUGUUGGUUGGAGGUUUCAGCUUGUAUCACUUUUACUGCCUUGCUUCAAACCAGACUACGAUUGAAGGAUGGGAGAAAGAUAAAGUAGCUACCCUCGUACGCAAAGGAAAGAUACGUGAGGUUAAAUUCCCUUAUCAUCUCGGAGCCGGGAGAAAUAUUCGUGCUAUUUUAGGCGAACAGGUUUGGCUCUGGUGCUGGCCACAACGAAUGCGUGGCUCUGGAGUUAGCUUCCCGGUGGCUGAUGGAACUGUGGCUCGCGCCAUCGCGAUAAUGGGUGGUCAAGCACUGACGCCGAUGUCGAUGAGAGUGGGACCAAUGGAGGACGCAACGGAUCUCGUUUGCGCGCUGCUGAUCAAGAAGAUAUGGUGUAAUGCCGUUGGAUGGAGACGAAAUAGCUUGGAGAACCCCGAAACACAAUUUGAAUGGCCACCAAAGGAUCCCAAUGUGUACAAGGAUCGAAACAUAGCUUCAGCUACGGCUCUUCAAAAACGGCUACAGGGAUCGCCUUGGACUUAUGGAAACGAGGGCUUCAACCCUGCACUUCGUAUGCGUGUCGCGAAUAAUCAUCCUCCCUAUCAUCCUUCCUACCAAGCAGAGGGGCCUUCCGACGAGUCUAUCCACCCGGAAAUAGACGCCGGCAGGCAGUUCGAUCACGAAUACGACAGUGUCUCAACUUCCUCUUCUCCAUCACGGGCCUCUAGCGAAUACGAUGUUGAUAUGAGUGCUGAUCGUGACGUACGAAUGAGACGGGGGUCGGAAGGAUGGGAGGUUCGGCCCAUGACCAAUGAAGAAAUCGUGCAACGAUAUGCACGAAGUCGUGGUCUUGAAACUAUAACUAGACCUGAACCAGAGCCCGAUGAAGAUGAACCCGAGGAUGAAGGAGAACCGCUAGAUCAUAACUCAGUGGGAGAAGGCACUGGUGUACCUGUCUCACCACCCAAAUACAAUGUGUACGUCCCAGAGGAUCCAGAUUCCUCGGAGGAUGAAGCUCUUGGUGCUCACAUAGGCACAUAUACGAACGAAUAG